AUGAUCUACUCCUCUAUCACCGCUCUCAUCGCUCUGGUGGCUAUAACUGCUCCGACCACCGCUUGGACCAUCGACCAGCUCUGCGAUGCUUCGUUCAUAUCCUCGUGUUUGCCAGACAAUGCCGCACCUGGAGUGGUGAUUGACUCGUCCUCUUUAACCUCGUAUGUCGCAAACCAUACAAUGGGCUCCACCAUCCUCUACUUCUGCAAUGUGACAUUCGCCUACUCCCAUGCUGGAUUGAACGACCGGGUACAGGUCAACUAUUUUGUCCCCGAUGAAAGCUAUUUUGCCAAGCGGUAUCUCUCCACUGGAGGGGGUGGACUGGCCAUCAACUCCGGACCUACUGCUGGCUACGCCGGACUCCCAUACGGUGCUGUGACCGGUCGAACCGACGGCGGCUUUGACAGUUUCACCAACCAGUACAAUACCAACGGCGUGGAUCUCCUCGCGAACGGUACCCUCAAUUACGAGGAAUUGUUCCUCUUCGGCUACCAAGCUCAUCACGAGAUGGCUCUCCUGGGACAAAAGCUCACCCAAAAUGUCUAUGGCCUUGGUAACGAGACCAAGCUGUACUCGUAUUAUUCUGGGUGCUCGGAAGGAGGUCGCGAAGGCUGGAGUCAAGUCCAGCGUUUCGGGGAUCAAUUCGACGGCGCAUUGCUGGGUGCUCCUGCGUUCCGUUAUGCGCAGCAGCAGACCAUCGGUUAUGUCCCUGCGCCCUGCGAGCUCAGCGCCAUUCUCAAUGCGACGAUCGCUGCAUGUGAUCCUCUCGAUGGACGCGUUGACGGCGUUGUAUCUAGAAGUGAUCUGUGCCAGCUUAGCUACAACGUGUCCACUCUCAUCGGGACGUCGUACAAUUGCGCGGCUGAGGCGCCCCUUCCUGCUCAAAGCGGAAUCAUUUCUGCACAAGCUAUCGAGGUCGUGCAAACUAUCCUCAACGGUCUCAAGGAUAGCGAUGGUAAGCAGGUCUACUUCUCGUGGCAGCCUGCCGCGAGCUUUGCAGAUGCCACGCCGACUACCUUCAACGACAGCACCGGUCUGUGGGACAUCCCCGGCCUUUUACUCGCAGCUCCAACCAUUCAACGAUUGGUCAAUCUUGUGGAGACAAACAGCCUUUCUCUUGAUGGAGUUACUUACGAUACACUUCGAGACUGGAUCAUAUUUCUGAUGCAAAAGUAUUACGAUACGAUGCAAACAACCUGGCCGGACCUCACGCCAUUCUACGAAGCUGGGGGAAAGGUUAUACACUAUCAUGGUGAAUCGGACAAUUCCAUUCCGACCGCAUCUUCCGUUCGAUACUACGAGUCGGUCGCAUCCAUAAUGUAUCCGGGCAUGUCUUUCAACGACAGUCACUCCGCCCUUGGCGAAUGGUAUCGAUUGUUCCUCAUCCCUGGAGCUGGGCAUUGCGCCCCUAAUACGUUCCAGCCCAACGGCCCUUUCCCUCAAGCGCCACUCACUGAUCUUAUCUCUUGGGUUGAAAAGGGUGUCAAGCCGGUGACACUCAAUGCUACAGUCACGAAAGGACCUUACAAGGGUAACCAGCCGAUCUGUGCUUGGCCGCUGCGACCUUUGUGGAACGUCGAUGACUUGACGUGUGUCUACGAUCAGACCUCUAUCGACACCUGGAUGUACAAUUUGGAUGCGUACAAGUUCCCCGUUUAUUAA